AAAAGAUCAAAGCUCUGUAUUUUAGAAGCUCAUAUUUAUACUAUAUACAUAUAUAUAUAUAUAUAUAUAUUUAUAUACAUACAACUCUACAAAAUGGCGAAAAUCACAAAGAAAGAAACGAGCAUUUAUGAAGAUGUUGAUUCCGAAAUUGAAGUGGAUGAUAUUUCAGAAGACAUUGACAUUGACGAUGUUUUGACAGAUGAUUUAUUAGAUAGUUCUGACGAUGAUUUCCAAAUUAACAAUAAAAAGAAAAAGAUGACCAAGAAAAAGACGAUAACCAAGAAAAAGGCAUCUGUGAAACGUAAAUCUUCAAACACAACAAAAAAAGGUACAACCCGAAAAACAAUACAAACAAAAUUAAAUCCAACAAAGACUAUAAAGUUACCACCUGAACCAAAACUUCACAAGUGGAACAAGGAAAGAAUGAAGAAUUUAGCAGAGAAAUAUCCAGACAAUUAUUGGAAAUAUCAUGCUGAUGCAGGCUAUGAAAUGAUAGAUGCUAUCAAUGAAGAUAAUCAGCUUGAGAGUAUUCCUUGUAAUAUGAACGAUCAAGGACCUAUCACGAGUAUGUCUCUCUCUGAAGACGGUAGCAUGUUAGCCACCUAUUCUAACAUUGGCGCUGUCAAGAUUUGGGACAUUGAAAAUGAUUUUAGUCUUGUUCGAAAGUUACGUGAUGCAGAUGAAUCACAUAUUGAUGAAUUCUAUUGUGGCACAUUUAUAGCCGACAGUGAGUUAAUUGCUGUAGGUGGGAAACUCAAAGAUCGUUAUCGUUGGUCUGAAGAGGAUGAGGACAAUCAUAUUUUAUCUUGUGCUAUCAAGAUAUUUAACGUAACUGAUUCAAAAGUAGUAGCCAAAUUGAGUGGACAUGAGGAAGAGAUAUUGUGUAUUAAGAAAGUUAAAUUUUUAGAUGAGAAUUAUCUAAUUUCGACAAGUCAAGAUGGGUAUAUUUUUAAAUGGCACAUGUCAAGUGACUGGACAACCUUGAUCAGUUCGAAUAAAAUGGUGGAUGAACAGACUUGUAUGGCCUUCACAGUCUCGUUUGUGCCAAAUACAGGAAAUAAAUAUUUCAUAGCGGCUACUGAUGAACAUUUAAGACUGUAUGAUUUUGAAGAAGGAGUGUUAUUACAAACAUUUAGUGAUCUCUAUUCAUCUUAUUGUGAUUGUGGUAAAUUUGUAAAGUGGCUAGACGAAUCAAUUUAUUUUGAACAACAACAACAACAAAAAGAUGAUAUUAUGGACGUUGAAGAAACUACUCAAGAGAAAUACACAUGGUUUAUUAGCCGAGGUGCAGAAAUGUGUGAUGUAAGCGAAGGGGUUUCCUCAAAACCCAACACAUGUACAUUACACAAACUAAUUUACCCUACAACAGAUGGUGGGGAGUUCAGACUUGAAGAAGUUAAAAGAUAUCAAAAUGAAGAUUAUCAUUCUAAUUCAUGGCUGGUGAAAAUUACAUCGAAUGGUCGAUAUCUUUUAGCACCUACUAUUUAUGGGCAAAUAUUUGUAUUUAAUAUGCUGACAGGACAAGUCACGGCUAUCUUAAAAGAUCAUUUAGAUAUGGAAGUUCGUGAUGUUAUUUUUCAUCCUUAUAGACCAUUAAUAUUCUCAAGUGGUGAUGAUGGCUGUGUGAAAGUGUAUACGUACAAGUCAGAUAUAGAUAAGCAACUGGAGUCAGACCUUGGCAUUGGUAUGGCAGAAGUUAAAAUUGAUGAUGAAGAAAGACAAUAAAUAAAUACAGCAUAAAAUAGAAUGCAUUAAAAAAAACAGUUACCAUAAUUAAUAAAUGUGUGAAAAGACUCUGUUUAUUAGUGUUA